AAACGAAUGUUUAUUUUAUUGACAAAAAAAACAUAACCUAAGGGUUCUAAUGUUAUUGUUUGAAGGUGUAAAUAAGUACAUUUUCAUCGAGCUGUAAUUAAACAGCGAAAUUAUGAGAUGUUUCUUCUCCACUGAGCAAAAUGGCCACGAUAAAGCAAGGAAGUCAAAGCACUCGGAAAAAAGUCCAGGUUUCGAUGGUCAUAUGCGAAGCUGAAGAGAAGAAACAUCGAUCAGGCAUCAACGCUUUGCAAUUAGAUCCCUCAUUAGACCGUCUAUAUUCAGCCGGAAGGGACUCGGUCAUCAGAGUCUACGAACAUGAGAAAUUCCUACACGGAAUGGAACACCACACCGAUUGGGUCAACGACAUCGUCCUCUGCUGCGGAGGAAAAAACCUGAUAUCGGCCAGUUCGGAUACGACGGUGAAAGUGUGGAACGCCCACAAAGGCUUCUGCAUGUCCACUUUGAGGACCCACAAGGACUACGUGAAGGCCUUGGCGUACGCGAAAGACAGAGAACAAGUGGCCUCGGCCGGUCUGGAUAAAUCCAUCUAUUUGUGGGACAUUAACACUCUAACGGCGCUGACGGCGCUCAAUAACACCGUUACGACUUCCAGUCUGAUGGGUAGCAAAGAGUCGAUAUACAGUUUGGCUAUGAACCCGUCGGGUAGUAUAAUCGUGAGCGGUUCCACCGAGAAAGUAUUGAGGAUUUGGGAUGCCAGAACUUGUGCCAAAUUGUUCAAAUUGAAAGGUCAUCAGGAUAACGUGAAGGCUUUGGUGGUAUCGAGAGAUGGAAAUCAAUGUCUGUCGGGUAGUAGCGACGGAUCGAUUAGAUUGUGGAGUUUGGUCGCUCAAAGGUGUGUACAGACGAUUAGAGUUCAUCAGGAUUCGGUGUGGGCCUUAUUGGCUACAGAGAAUUUCAGCCACGUGAUAUCCGGUGGACGGGAUAAAAAGGUGGUGAUGACUGAUUUAAAAAACACCUCGAACAGUAUUACGGUGUGUAACGAAGAGGCGCCCAUAUUGAAGAUGUGUUUCACGGCCGAUCAUCACGCCAUCUGGGUGUCUACGUCCGAUUCUAACAUAAGAUGCUGGAAACUCCCUACCGAUAAACAUUUCACCGAAGAUUCAUUCGAACAAACAUUCGCCCCUCUAUCGAUCAUCCCCGGCGGGGCGGCCAUCAAAAAGGCCGUUGUAUUAAACGAUAAAAGACACAUUUUAACCGAAGAUACUCACGGCAACGUCGCCGUUUACGACGUACUCAGGGCCAAACAAGUGGAAGAUUUGGGCAAAGUGGAUUUCAAAGAAGAGGAGAAGAACCGAUUCAAAAUGAUCUACGUACCCAAUUGGUUUAACACCGAUUUAAAAACCGGCAUGUUAACAGUACAUUUGGGGCAAGACGAGGUAGAUUGUUUCUCCGCUUGGGUAUCGGCCCGAGACGCAGGCAUCAAGAACCUUCCCGAGCCCGAUCUCAAAGUGAAUUACGGGAAAUUGUUGUUGCAGGCGCUCUUCAAACAUUGGCGGGGCGUCGAGACCGACGAAGGGCAAUAUUUCACCGUUCCCAAUCACGUACCGUUGAUUUUGAGCGAAGUUGGCGGGCGCACGCUCUACAGGAUGUUGGUGGGCGACGCGGGGGGCGAAACGGAAAACACCCUGUUGAGCGAAACCGUCCCCUCGUGGGUGAUAUCGAACAUCGAGGAGAACUCGCAGAAUAAAUUCAUCAAAGUACAAUUCUACCUUCAACCGCAUUCCAGCGUUCCUUCGCACCUUUUGAAACAAGACAGGAUGAAAAAGCCGGAUAGAUUGGUGGCGAACGAUUUUAUCCAAUGUCGAAAAGUGGCCGAGCACAUUUUAGAGAAAUUAUUGGGCGACGGGACGGCCAGUUCGCCGGGCGGCGAUGCCGAUUCUUCUACUCUAUCGAAUAACGGUUACAACGUCGAUCAAAUCGAAUUGACCUGUAACGAGCAGGUGCUGGAUCCUUCGAUGGAUCUGAGAACAGUUAAACAUUUCAUAUGGAAAUCUUCCUCCGAUUUAACUCUAUACUAUAGAAUAUUGAAUAAAUAGUGACUAUAUUUAAAAUUGUACUAAUUAAUUAUACUCGUUUUACAGUACGUGUUUUUUUA